AUGACUGAAGACGAUAUUGUGCAGUUGCAAAAGGAAUACAAGGAACUCAAGGACAAGUACCAGAAAGUAAAGAAGUAUUACUUCGAGAAAGAGUCCCAAGUCCAUACCCUCCAAAAUACACUAGCCCACCAGCGCCUCUCCCUGUCACGCACGUCCCUCGACGACAACGAAUACUGCAACCGCUUCAUCCGCCUCGACGGCCUCAUCUCCCAGCUCGCCUACAGCAUCCGCAAGUCCUGGAAAACCAUCCCGCACUGGCUAGCCCCGGCCGUCAAUAAAGACGCCAUUAGCGUCGGCAAGCAAGAGAUGACCGCCGUGGGCCGCGCCUUCAUCUCCGCCUGGCUCGUCUCCGACCUCUUCGACAAGUACUUCCACCCGGACCUCGAGCCGGGCCUCAGCAGCCAGCUCAAGGCGAUCCAGCUCGCGAUCCGGCGGUCCGGCGCAGCGAGUGCGCAGCUCUCCGGCGCAGAAGAGGAAGAACAGCUUACAGCGCGCAUCGUUAACUGGCGUCUAACGACCAUCGAAGGGCUCGCAGAUCAACUUCGCGCAGCACAAGCGCAACAAAACCGACAGCAACUCGUCGCCAACCUGCACGAGAAGAUGAAAGCAGCGCUCGAGAUGCACCUCGUCGACCCGGCUCCUCCGGACCUCGACGGCGGCGUCCACAUGAUCGCCGAGCUCGCCGUCAACGUCGCGAUCCACGUCCCGCUUGAGAGCAGGGAUGUGCAUAUCGAGUACUUCCCGCCCGGCCACGGUAUCCUGGCCGAUGUCAUGAAGCUCGAAUCGACGCAGAUCCAGCCGCUCUCGAACCCGAUUGGCCAGGCCGAGGGCAUCGAGGCCGACAGGGCGAGUCUGCAGAGCACGGGGUCCGCGCUCGGGGAGGAGAAGGUGGCGGGGAGCGCGCAGAGCAGUAUGCUGGAUGCGGAGGGGGUGAGCUCGGGUGCGGCUGCUGGCGUAAGUGGAGCGGCGGCUUCGAACCCCGGUGCUGCUGCUGGUGGGGCGAAGGAGCGUGAGGGCAGGGGGGCGAGGGGGCUGCUCAGCUCGUUUAUGGGCGGGAAACAGAAGGGGCCUGCUGCGGGCGCGCCGGCGGGCGUGGGCGCGGGUGGGAGCCAGACGAGUUUGGUUCAGCAGCAGCAGCAACAGCAGCAGCCUGGUGCUACGGGCCCGCCGAAAGAGGAUACGCCGCCUAGGGUCAGGAUGGCGGUCGGUGUGGCGGUGCAGAUACGGGGGAGGAGUGUGCUUGUCAAGGCACCUGUGUUCUCUACGUAG